AUGUCAACUGGAUUUGAAUCAGAUUUGAAUAUUGGUGGGAUGGGAUCUCCCCCGGAGCAACAACGGUUCAGUCUUCAGAUGUUUAGUAAGCCGUCUAUUGUUGUUGCUCACUUAUGUUUUCGAGCGGCUGCCUUGGCAUACUAUUUCUUUGCUACACUGCUCUCAGAUUCGUUCAUAAUCCAGUUUCUUGUGAUCCUCAUUUUGCUCUCAAUGGAUUUCUGGGUUGUCAAAAACAUUACCGGAAGAUUAUUAGUUGGUUUGCGAUGGUGGAAUUUUGUUGAUUCGAAUGGAAAUAAUCACUGGAAGUUCGAGAGUGCUAAGGAUACAUCACGGUUCUCAUCGAUGGAUAGCAGAGCCUUCUGGAUGGGUCUUGUGUUAGCUCCUUUAGUAUGGUUUUUCUUCGUUUCCAUGGCGUUCUUCACUUUCAAGUGGGAGUGGAUGAUUGUGGCUUUACUGGGUUUCGGCAUGACAUCAGCUAAUUUGUACGGAUACUUGAGAUGCAGAUGGGCCAAUUCAACUCAAUUAACUAACUAUUUAUCGAGAUUAGCUUUCAUUUCUAUGUUGAAGCGGAACCGAAACGCUAAUCAACAGGGAAACUCGGACAGUUCUAACCCCAUGCAACAGUCUGUCUAA